AACUUCAAUCCCCAGUCCACUCGGUCUACCUCAGUGGGACCUUCUGGAUGAUGGAUGCCCUUACCAGGAUGACCGUUACCUGACCACAUUGGUUCCAAUGACUGGAUCAUCAGGUCUUCACUUCCCAACCCACUACAAGCGCUUUAUUGUGAAGAUGUUCACAUUUGUGGAUCCCGCGUCACUGGCUCCUCUGCAGGAAACCAUCUUCAUCCACUGUAGUACUGCGGUGUGCCAUCCAUCUUCUGGCUCCUGUGAGCAAAGCUGCGGCAGGAAGAGAAGGGACACUAAUGUCAAGACCAUCUCUAGUGAGCAGACUGUGGUUUCUA